GUGGGUGCGUGGCGAACCAGGAAAUAAAAGUAAACAAGGCAGGGGAAGAAGAAAAUGAUAUUUAGCGUUAGUUAUUUACAUUCAGAUCGAGUCUGUGACCAUUAUGGUGCUUUAUUAAUAAUGUAUGAAGGUUUUCUCUGCCGAUAAGGCCAGGCAGCCAGUUAGAGCCAGGCUGAGAGCCGGUAAGACACCCGUAGAGCUGAGAGGAGUCGGGUGCGGCAGCCGUUAAUGGUUAGCUAGGUCGAUAUGGCAGUUUUGAAAUGCCUUCAAGACCGUGGCUUAAAAACAACUCCUUGACGUUAGAUUUAGCUAUGUUAGCCAUCAGAUCGUCAGAGGAGGAGUCCACUGAGAUGGAGGAGAUGGACACCUCCGAGCCCAACUGGUGCUGGUUCUACUUGGCUGAGUGUGGAGUGUGGCACAUGUUUGAGAUUGAUCCCAGUGCAGCCUGUUCUGUGACGAGUGCUCAGAUUGAGCAGUGCUACAACAGGAACCAGCGUGGUGUCAUGGAGUUCUACACAGCCAAGUACACGUACAGACUGGACUUCUCAGUUAUGCGUCAGAUAAAUGUAACAACAGGGAAGCAGCGGCCAAUCAAACGCUCCCUCCAUUCUGCAACUGGCUUCAGGUUUAUUUGUGAUAAUCUUGCCUUGCCUGUGCCCUGCCACUGGGAGAGGAUCAAUACAGAUGAGCCCUAUCAGCUCAUCCAGCUCGGCCGAGACACAUAUGAGUUUAAAGAAGUUGCCAGACUGUACGAAAGGACAAUGGAUCAUCCAAUCAAAUCCAUCCAGAGGAUUCAGAAUCUGGAUUUGUGGGAGUUCUUCUGCAGGAAGAAAACACAGUUGCGAAAAGUCAAGCGAACAUUGGAUAUUGAGGAGCGAAUGCUGUUUCAUGGCACAGGACACAGCAAUAUACAAGCUAUAUGUACAUUUAACUUUGACUGGCGGCUGACAGGGAGCCAUGGCGAUGUCUACGGCAAAGGGAGCUACUUUGCCCGGGAUGCCAAAUACUCCAGUAAAUUCUGUCACACCACAGGGAAACACAACACGACCUUACAGAGACAUGGACUCGCACCGCCGAUAUUCGCUACCGAGCCGCCAUAUAAGACGAUGUUCAUGGCCAGAGUGCUUGUCGGAGAAUACACAGUCGGUCAUCCCAUGUACUGCAGACCACCCUCCAAGGACGCCAGCUUCACCAACUUUUAUGACAGCUGCGUGGAUGAUAUGGCCAACCCAAAGAUCUACGUCAUUUUCGACAGCAAUCAGAUCUACCCAGAGUAUUUGAUCGAGUUCUAUUGAUGCCUCACAAGAAGAUAUUUACUUUUUUUCCCCAUAAAGGUUGAAUCUCCAGCAUGGAAAAGUUGGGACGAAUCAGAUAGCGGGAUGAGAUGAAAAAAGAAGCAGCUUAGGAGACAAUUGGGCUUUUGUUUUUUCAGUCAAAUUAAGUCCUAACUGGGUCAGCUAAAGUGCCUUUGGAGGAAUUGGAAAAGCAGGACGACAAUAAAGACAUUAUGUACCGUUUAUAUGCAGUGUACAGUGUAUUCUUAGACGGGACCUUGUGGUUGUGACGAAAAAGGACGACUGAAGAGCAGUCGUUGUGGCAGUUUUUGUAUUAAAUUCGCAAUCUGUUCUUGCUUGUUCAAUACGUGUGAACAAAAUAAGAGUGGCACAUGCAGCCUGUAGAUUAUAGGUGAUAUCCUGCCAUUGGCCACAUCCAUUCCUUCACAUCCACAGUGCCACGCUUAUUUACAAACCAAAAACACGUUCCAGCUCUCUCAUUAUACACCGUGAUCUGUCAAAAACUGUGUACAAUGUAUUAUAUCGCCAUGUCUUUCUGUUUUUUGUUUUUUUUUUAAUUUAUUAUUGUCAUAAAAACGCUUCUACCUCUUUUUUAACCAUGCAUCAGUGCACUUUUCCCCCUUUCCAUGAAAGGUUUUGUAACUGUGUCAUAAUGACAUAAAGUUGUGAUGUCGUGUUCACUUGU